AUGCACGCUGUUGGAGAGGACCUGCUGACCUUACAGACACGGAACAUGACCCUGGAGCAAUUUGGCCAGCUGCAGAUGUUUCUGGCCAAAGCCAACGGACCGAGCAUGGGCUUUUCUGUUCUGGGCCUUAUUGUCGUCACACGAGAGCUCUUGCUGACGAUGUUCGGUAUCUACCUCACAUACGGUAUUGUGCUGCUGCAGUUCCCGUCGUAA